GAGCUUGUGUCAGGGAGUGGGCCUGGAGUGAGUCGGAGGCAGAGACCCGCGCAGGAUCUGGGAAAUUAGGCUAUUGUCGAGACCAGAGGGAUAUGGACUCGGAGUCCCAACUCAAUCAACAAAGAACCGCUGUCCUUUUGGAGCUAAACAAUAUCUUGACCACUACUCGGAAUUUGGUGUGUGAGCUUAGAACUCUGGUAGCUUUGACAGACCGGGAAGGAGGAAAAUUGAUUCAGUCUCAGAAUAAGGCUGAGAGUUCCUUGGACAUCUGGAAGCAACUGUUUGCUGCAGUGCCAUCUGAGGAAAACGCUCCUUUAUUGCAAUAAAAUGUCGGACAGAGAAAACAACAUGAUUUCCACAGAUGUCUGGCUUUUAAAAGGUUCAGAUCAUGAAACCAGGAUAUCCAGUGAUACAGAAUCACUCAGUGACAGUGACACUGACUCUGAGACCAAUCUGCAAUCGUUCAAUUCUUUGUCACCUCUUAGAGAAUCUGAUGCAGAUUCCUGGUCCGCAGAUGGCUCACUUACUGAAGGAAUUGAACCACAGUGUGACUACCUGUCUAAUCAUUCUUUAUCUGUUGUUGGAAACAGACCACCAUCACAAUUGUUUCAGCUGCGAGGAACUAGUUCCAGCUUCUCCUUUCGUAGUCAGAAUAUAUUUAGUGGCUUAGAGAAUGUAGUAACAUUUGAUGCAUCUCAUCCCAGGGACACCAACCUUGUUGACAGUGAAUCUAAGCAUCCACCAAAUCCAGCUCCUUCUCUCAGAAAACCGACAGCAGGAUCUCCUCCAGGAAUUCAGACCACUUCUUCUGCAAAGAGGCAUGUUAUUGGGGAGCCCCCCAGAGGAAAACAGAGUAAGAAAGCACAGUUUGUCCCAGACUACCUUUUGCAUCCUGAACGCUGGACCAAGUAUAAUCUGGAGGAAAUUCCUGAAACUAGCAAUAAGAAGAAUACAAUGGUGGCAUUUGAGUUCAUGGACAGCUUAAAUAAACAGAGAAACAAAAAGUCCAAAGUGGACCUGGAUGAAAGCUUCACUUCCUGUUUUAAACAGGAGUCUGAUAAUGUUUCUGGUAAAAUCCUAUUCUCCAAACCAUUGAAACCAACCAGCGGCAAGACAGAUGGUGUAGAAAUGACAGAACAAGAAGCUCCUAUUGUGGUCAGGAAGCAGGCAAAGAAAAUGGGACUGAAUCCAGAGGGACCUGGGCAAGUGGAUUUGGCACACCUUGAUUAUGGUGAAAUGAAUGAAGUGGAAGAUAUGAAAGCAUGGUGGCAUGAAAAAGAUGCAGAGGAUCCAGUGAAAGAUGGAAAACAAGAGUCUACAGGGCAGAAUGUGCAUGAGUCAGUGGUAUUUCAUAGUGGAAGAAAGAGAAAUCGAAAGAAUAUUCGAAUGAAAUGUGGUAAAGAUAGUGAAGAUAACUAAUGUAGUUAGUUUGAUCCCAAGGCUGCUGACGUUUUUAAAUCAGUAAUUUAGCAAUAAGUUUUAGUUGAAUUUAACAUCUGCAGCUGCAGCUACUUUGACUAAAUGCAUGUGUUUAACACUUUACUGUUAAUUACAUUAAAUUGAGGGAUGACUGGGGAACAGAUAUUGUGUGUCCUUGGUGUCAAACUGUAACUACAUCAAGGAAAAAAAAGUUAUAUUCUGGUGUGUAGUGAGGUAAUAUGUAUACCAUUAAUAAAGACUUUGUUAUCUUUUAAA